AUGUAUCAUCAAGGCCACAACAACGUCGUUUCUUCUAGGGAAGCAUUUCCUCCAGAGAGGCAUUUGUUAUUGCAACAAUGGGGGAGCAUUCCAGACGAAUCGGGACUAGUGCUAUCAACUGAUGCAAAGCCAAGGUUGAAGUGGAGACCUGAACUCCAUGAUAAAUUCAUAGAAGCAGUUAAUCAACUUGGCGGAGCAGACAAGGCAACACCAAAAGCAGUCAUGAGACUCAUGGGCAUUCCUGGACUGACACUGUAUCACCUAAAAAGCCAUCUUCAGAAGUACAGACUUAGCAAAAAUCUUCAACCUCAAGCAAACAUGGGAAGUACUAAGAAUGUUGUAGGUUGUUACUCUAUGCUUGUUUUGGACAGCCCCGAAAAAAGUAUAUCAAUUGUCUUUUAUUAUGAUUUCUUUGACAAAGAGUACGAACUGCUAGUGAGCAUUAAAGACAUCACACCUUUUUAUGAGUUGGAGCCAAUAUCUGCUAAUUGUCUGGUUGCUUACAUGUGGUCGGGCAAUUCUUGAGGCUUGAGUUUUUUUGAUGCAAGAAGUGAACUUUGUUAGGAUGUAGCUUGCCUUG